AUGACGAAUCAACAAGCAAACAACGUGGACAGAUCUGCAUCACUACCAAGUAAAAGGCACACCUACUGUUUCAAGGUAUUUAAGUACAAUCAGAAAUCUUUGCUUCGCACCCUCUGUUCUACCUUCUACAAGAAUCAGAAAUCUUUUACGGUGGAAGUGUUCGAGGGAGAACGACUUAACACAAAGGAUAACUUCUUUGUCAACAAGUUUCUCCUCUACGGGUUCCAUCCAUUACCAAAGGGAGUGCCACAAAUCAACGCUAUUUUUGAUGUGGAUGUCAAUGACAUUGUGGAGGUUCACCAUGGAAGAUACAAACAUAGGAAUAAAAAAGAUCACAACCAACAACAAGCACAAAAGGCUGAACCCGGAAGAGAUAAGAAGAAUGGUGACAAACUAAAGUGGUACAAGGUAGAAUACGAGGUGCCAAAGAAGAAGGUAAAGGUGAAUUACGCUUAUCAAAUGAGGGAGAGUGCGAGCAAGAUUGAAGAAGCAGUGGAUGAAACGAUAGACUGA